AUGGAAAAAAUUGUUGGGGCAGAUUUAAUAUCGGUUGAUCAGUGUAUGUGUAGUGCAUGGACAAUACGAGAUACGGUCACUCAUUACAAGGUA